AUGAAGGUUAGCGCUCUUGUCUCGUCGGUCCUCUGCCUGGCCGCGACCCAGCUUGUCGCCGCAGAGACCGUUACUUCGACCUUCACCCACACCAUCACCAGGACGCUGGUCCGCGUCAACUCGGAAACCCCUGGAAGCUCUGCUAGCGUGAGCUCCUACGUGGUUCCUUCGAGCUCUGCGACUCCCUCCAGCAGCUGGGCAGCCAGCAGCGGUGCUGCUGCGACCACUCCUGCCAGUUCGAGUACCCCGUCUCCUUCCACCGUCACCCACUCCGGUGCAGGAAGCAUUGUCGAUGUGCGCAUGCCCGUUGCGCUUGUCGCCGGUUCUGUCGCCCUGUUCCUUGGCGCUGCGCUGUAA